AUGCGCCGCUGCCGCCUCGCGAGGAACGUGGCGGCGUUCUACGAAUUCGUCGACAACAAUUUUCUCAACAACAAGCGCCCUCCGGUGCCGGGCGGGGCCUGGCCGCUCGAGAGCCUUCGCGGGAAGAGCCUCGCGGACCUGCAGCAGAUUUGGUUUCUGCUGCUGAAGGAGCGCAACAUGCUGCACUCCACGCGGGAGCACUACCUGCGCCACCAGGAGGAGCUCGGCGCGAUGCCGGCCCCCUCGCGGCUCAAGAUGGUGCAGGAGUCGAUGCAAAACAUCAAGCGCGUCGUGAAGGAGCGUGACGCGGCGGCGACGGCGGAGGCCGUCGCGAUCUUCCAGGAGCGGCUGGAGCGCGGCAUCUACCGCUACCCGCCCGGGCCCCCGCCCCCGCCGGGCGCCCACGACCCCACCGUCGUCGUCAAGGUGACACUCAGCCGCCGCGUCGAGGCGGACCGGCUGCGGGAACUCUUCGGGCGCUACGACGUCUUCGAGCCCCACAAGGGGAUCGCCCGGGUGGAGCUGCGGCUGCCCGAUGAGGUGCUGCGGCGCAAGGAGGAGGCGGAGCAGCUGUGGACGCAGUACAUGGCGGAGAAGAGUGACGUACGGGCGUACCACCAGUGGUCGGCCGCGCCCAGCGCGUACGACUACGCCAGCGUGGAACUGGCCCCGGGCGUGUUUGCCAACGACGCCGUCGCCGAGGCGUCCGCCCGCAACGCCGCAAAAGACGCGGACGGUGGUGGGAAUGAUUCGAGCAGCGGCAGGGAGGUGGAUGCGGCUGACGACGGGGCGGUGGUGGCGGCGCGCCUACCCGUGCCGGCGAGCAAGCAGCGUCCGCCGCCGCCGAAGAACCCGCUGGCGCGGCUGAAGGAGGAGCGCCGCUCGUACCUCGCGCGCACCGUCAUCCAGCUUGGGUACUUCCCGAACAUCACGCUGCAGCCGCCACGCUACACGCGCGCGGAGGAGGUGCCGCGGCCGACGCACCCGGACGAGAUUGAGGGGCCGUGGGAGGCGUACAUCACAUACGACCGACGCGACGGCCUCGAGUAUGCGCAGUCGCUCGGCAUCACGAGCAUCGACGGGGCGGAGGUGAUGGCGGUGGUGGAGCACAAGCGGGAGCCGCAGCCAUACGCCAAGGUGGACCCCGUCUUCCUCGAGGCGCUGCGACGCGAGAAGGCGCGGGAGGAGACGCUGAUGAAGUGGCCGCACGUCCCCGAGUGGAAGUACGAGUACAGCGAGUACACGCGGAAGCACCUGGAUGAGAUUGUGCGGUACAACUACAGCAACGUCGUCGACUACGUGGACCGUGAGGUGCUCCUCACCGGACGUUCGGUGUGGGAGUGCCCAAUCGAUAUUGACUACUCCUGCGGCGGCGCCAAGUCCGUGCCGCCGCACGCAAAGAAGCCGCUGCGCUACAUGGACGCCGGCAUUGCCGAGGUGGGCGUCACAGACAUUUAA